AUGAACAACAUGCGGAUGCUUGCGGAGGAGGAGGAGAACGACGACGGCACUGAAGUUACAUGGGAGGAUCAGCAGCGUAUCAACACCUUCUCCAAACUCAAUACUCGUCUCAGGAGCAUAGAGGAACGACUCGAGGAACUCAGGCAAGAGAAGGAAGCAUUGGAUGACCUUUCUACAGAGCUCGAGCUUACUGACGAGGACGAAAGUGUGUUAUACAAGAUCGGCGAAUCUUUCCUUCACCUGCCCCAACCCCGCGCGAUGAUGAAACGACUUGAAAAGGACCAGGCGGUGUUAUCUGCUCAAGUCUUAGACCUAUCAGCAGGCGCAGAACAAUGCGAAAAGGAGAUGAAGGAGCUGAAAGUUACGUUGUACGCCAGGUUUGGCCGUGCAAUCAAUCUCGAUGAAUGA